AUGAAGCCGGUACACUCGACAAAUUCAAGCAAGUUUUUUAUAUUAUAUAAGGUAAAACUGGAACUCUUUGAGUGCCUUUUUAGACCUCAUAUUAUAAAUUUCUUUUAGUGUCAACAUACCAGCGAAUUAUGAACCGCCGAAGUUCAAUUGCCGAGGCCCUAAAACGCACUGCCGAAGGCCUAGCCAACGAGUUCAGUCGCGAGAAAACGGCCGAGGAAAUGGUGUUCGAGUUGUUCAAAAUCCCAAAUAAAAAUUAUGGUGCUAUUGGGAAGCUGAUUGGAGUAAGAAAUCAUGUCAUUGUUAAAAUUUCAUUUUGCUUUUAGAUUCUGAAAAGCUAUGGGAUCCAAGAAAACGACCCAAGGCUUCGUCCGAUGAUGAAUAAGAUCUGCCAAAUCGAAAAGCAAAGUGAGGAAAUGGCCAAGGAAGCGAAGGAUCCGAAGCAUUGGAAGCUGAGCAAAGAAGAUUUUAUAAGGUGAGAGACCAUUGUAAUGUAAUAUAAGCAUUCAAACUACUGUACAGCGCAUCGCAAAAGAGCCAAAAAAUAUAAAAUAUAAAUGUAAAUUUUGUUGUAAAAUGGGGUUAUUGUACGGAAGUUCCUUUUUUUUCCUCAAAUUGAUCCCUUGGCUACAUAAAAUUGUCCAUUAUAGACAGAUUUCAUUGAAUGGGAGUUUGCUGUACAGAGAUUUUACAUUAAAACAAAUUGUUAUUACUGGUUUUGUCCAUGUUUGUCAAAUAACUUACCUUGCAUUCCUCUCAUAAACCUUCUUUUAAAUCCGGUGACUCAAUUUCCGGAUUAAGAAUGGCUAACGGGUUUAUUUGCGAGAUCUUUUUGAGGAUUUCCAUACAAAUAAUCAUUAGAAAUGUGGCUAAGACAAGGUUGUUUCAGCUGUGUAUCCGAGAGUUUGCCGUUGAUUUCCCGGACAAUACAGAAUCAACUCACAGUGCCUUCGUGGACCCAUUUUUGCAGCGUCAUCGAGGAGAUAUACAAAAUCGUAAGAAUCUUCUUAAUUUUUUUGAAGUUCAAUUUUUUGCCUUGAGGGCCAUGAAGUCUUGGCGAUAACACACGCUUUAAAAUUCAACAUAUUACGGGUUUGCAAGCGGCUUUUUAUGUAAAGAAACCGGUCAAGGCCAUCUUAUAGCCCUUGGAAAGCUGAUAAACGCAUAUUUCACCAAAUCGGCUUUCUGAUUUUGAACUUUUUACAUCAUAUUUAUUUCAAUUUUCCAUUCCUUUUCAUCCACACAUGUAAAACUCACUCAUUCUAGUGUGAAUCCAACAACGACGGCCAUGUGGCCACCUACAUCCCGCAGUUAGCUCGAGCCGACCCCGGGACCUGGGCGGUUUCCAUCUGCACCGUUGAUGGCCAGCGAAUAUCAUUCGGUGAUUUCCAACAGCCAUUUUGUAUUCAAAGCAUCAGCAAAGCCUUCAAUUACGCGCUAGCCGCUUCUGAGCUUGGCGCUGAUUACGUCCACAAAUUUGUUGGGCAAGAGCCGUCUGGAAGGCUGUACAAUGAAAUUUGUUUGGAUAGCAAAAGUAAGAGUUAGCGAUUGAUUAUGAAUUUACUGAGUUUAGAUAUUCCACAUAACCCAUUGAUCUCAACUGGUGCAAUUGUCAUUGCUUCGCUGAUGAAGCCGAAUCUUUGCUUGGCUGAUCGAUUUGAUCAUGUAGGUUAAUUUUUGAGAUGCUAUAUGCUUGUAACACCUUGGCAAAAAUUACAUUUUUUGCUUUCUUGACCAUCUCUGCAAAGAAUCUCGAUUACUUUUUCACGCUAUUUUUUCAGUUCCUCAACACCUACCGUCGAAUAGCCGGCGGCGAUUACAUUGGAUUCAACAAUGCGGUAUUUCUCUCGGAAAGGAUGGCUUCCGACCGCAACUUUGCUUUGGGCUAUUACCUAAAUGAGUACAAAUGCUUUCCACCUAGUAUGAAGAGCUUACCAGACUUGAUGGACUUUUACUUACAAUUAAUGUCGCUGGAAACGAAUUGCGAAAGCGCUGCGGUCAUGGCAGCAACGUUGGCUAAUGGAGGUAGAUUUUUGUUUAACUGUCACAUUGAGACUUGUUGUUUGAUUUUUAGGUGUGUGCCCCAUCACUGACGAGCGGGUGAUUGAGAGCCGGCCAUGCCGAGACGUUUUGUCGCUGAUGUAUUCCUGCGGGCUUUAUGAUUACAGGUAGGCAGCAGCUUACUUGUAAGAAUACAGUGGGGGAUCUGAUCCAGUGGCAAAAAACUUACGAUUUUGCAUCCGGGAAGCAUCAAAAAUGUGGCAAAAUGCUUCCCUCUCCAAAUAAAAAAAAGUUUGUUUUGAAGGACGCGCCCUUUUUCCUCACAAAAAGAGAGGGCGCGCUUUUGAAAUCUGAUUUUUUUCACUUGAAAAGGGAGGUAUUUUGCCACUUUUUUGAUGCUUCCUGGAUGCAAAAUGGUACGUUUUUUUGCCACUGGAUCAGGUCGCCCACUAUAUUGUUGCUUUACCUACGUGUCAUAAUAAAACUUUCCAAGUAAUACUGAUGCCUCAAAAAUCAAUUUUUUACGGUCUUUUGAAUAUAAAUAUUUUAUUUUAGCUGUAGUAGAUUUACUCUACGUAUUUUACAGCCAAUUAUUCAUUUUUCAGCGGUCAAUUCGCCUUUCAUGUUGGCCUCCCAGCCAAGUCAAGUGCAUCAGGAUCGAUGAUUGUUGUGGUCCCAAAUUUGAUGGGUAUCUGUCUUUACUCUCCGGCUCUCGAUGAACUGGGAAAUACUUGUCGUGGAGUCGAGUUCUGCAAGGAAAUGAUCACCAGGUUUUCCUUGCACAACUAUGAUUCCUUGGCUCAUACAGAACAACACAAAUUCGAUCCGAGAAAAAGAGUUGGAGAGCAGGAGAGGGAUCAGGUAAGAAAGCCCGGAUAGUAAUUUCUGAACUGUUGGUGUGGGCCACCGUAUUUUACAAACACAUCAAAAAAAUUUCAGGUGAUUUCCCUCCUUUUCGCUGCAAGAACGGGCGACAUGAACAUUUUGCGCCGACUUUUUAUGCAACGCGUUGAUAUGAGCAGCUCCGAUUAUGAUAAACGGACAGCUCUACAUGUGGCCGCGGCGGAAGGCCAAGUGGAAGUUGUGAAAUUUUUGGUGAAUAUUGCAAGAGUCAAAAUUGACGCGAAAGAUCGGUAAGAAAAAUUUUUUGAAAUGUACAGUAUAAGCUAUGUACAACAAAAAAAGUAAAAAACAAAAGAUUGCAGAAGUCCUCAGGCUCAAUAUUAGGCCAAAACAAACCUGGGAAAAAGUUCCUUAUUUUGGCCACAACAAAGGUACUCCGCGAACUGCGCCCAAGCUUGGGCACUAAAGUUAGGAAAAAACGCUUCGACCUAGCUGGCACUGAAUUACUAUAAUAGCUCUAUAGUUUUAAGGGUACCUACGAAGGCUGUGACGACUCAUUUAGUUCUAUACGGAGGCAAUAAGUUUAGUUCCGGACAUGUUUCAUCGUAUAAGGUGUAAAAUCACAGACUGCAGCCGUUUUUGAAGGGUAAGGUGGUACGUAAAAAAGAAGAUGCCUCACUAGCUAAAUCCACUGUCCGGGCAUUGACAACGAUGAAUUGAGCGUGCACGCUAAAUUUGGGCUAAUUCCGACCAGUUUCCGCAAAGUUAUAAGUUGUGGCCAAAAUAAGGAACUUUUACCCAAACGUGAUAUAAUAUAAUAGUAUAUAUUAUUUUUAGUUGGGGCAGAACGCCAAUGGACGACGCCAUUCAUUUCCAACACUCCCAAAUCGUAACUGUUUUGGAAAAGGCCGCUGAAAUUACAGUUGCGACCAAUGAUAUUGCCAUUGAGAGCAAUGUAAGUCUUUCUUGGGCUAUUCGAAAAUCUAAAAAAAAUCAAAUCCUUUUUUGGAAAUACCUUUUUCAGCUGCCUCAAAUCCAAAGUGACGGAAAACUUCCCGCCGAUAUCAGCAUCCCAGCAUCUUCGAGUUCGUCGGAGGAUGAGUUCGAAAUCGAGAUCCCGGAUGGAGGACAAAGAGUUGAGACUGAUAGUGAAAAGACCUUGAAUCAGAAGACAGAGUCAAGCAGUAGUCGGACAAGCAAAGAAGGCCAUGAAGAGACGGAGGAAGAGCGAGAGGAAAGGGUCAAAUUCACACUGGGAGAUAAUAGGAAUUGA